CGUCACAUUCCCAUUACCCUUUCCGGGAAAAACUGUCGUCUUUCGAACAUUAAUACCCAUGCUAUUACGUUCUAUUUUUCACUAUUAACACUCUACCAACACAUCCCAUUUUGCUCGAUCAACUGACAGAGAACGGGCAAGACGAUGACUGUCGUACCAUCUGUGACGAGCAUAGAACAGCUUGUGGAAAAGCACAAACUGGCCAACACUUAUUUGGACGAAGCAACGUCGAAGCAGUGCUCAUCUGACCUGAAAGAGCUCAUUCUCCACGGCCAGGACAAGGCCAGAGCCAUCAUUGCUCUUCAAGUUGUGCUACACUUGAGCAAGCCAAACGAUGGCUUCGAGGGCUUCUUCGAUGAGGCGUUGUUUGAUGGAAUCCUCAAGGCUCUGUCGAAGUCGAGCCCUGUGGAAUUGUAUGUUGCGGUGUUGCGGAUACUGCUAACAUUCCUCUCUGGAAGACUGUUUGAAACAACACAAGAGGAAGCGUAUUUGGUUCCCUUUUUGAACGCUAUGAACUCCAAUGGACACGUGCUACGCCUACUGACCUUGAAGAUGUACACAGGAAACGCUGAUCUUAUUGUCAAGAUUGCCAGCUUCGUGCAAAGCUACAUCAACAUUGACCAUAUUGGGAUUCAAUCUUUGAGCCAUUUACUGGAGUUCCUUUUAACCCUGGGUAAAUGUGACUUCUACUACCUCGUGGGAAACUUCACCACGGACUCGAGGUUCAAUGGAAACGUUCAUGCUGCAAUCGAUGGUCUUAUGAAGUCCAUUCUUCAAGCAUUAGAGAAACUGAGCAGAAUUCCACUAUCUGACGAAUCAACCUUCCAAAAUGAAAUCAUCUCGGAGGUUUGUAAUGACCUUGCAAAGACUUCAAGAGAUGAUGAGAGAGUGUUCAUCAGGGAGCAUUUCUCUGUGCUGCAGUUGCUCGACCUGUUCUCCUUCUUGGAAUCUCAUAACAUUUCUUUCAAAAAGGAGUACCAUCAACAAUUGCUGUUCACUCUGGAAAAGGAACAAGUAUUCCCCAUCUCUAUUGUGUCUGCUAAGGUCACCGAUAUCAUCCUGUCGAUGUACACUAAAGACACCGAGACGUAUCCCAAGCUAAGUCAAAAUGUCUUCAUUCGUGACAUCUUACAUUACAAUAUGAUUGCAAAGUUCCUCGAUGUUUGGAUUGAGUCACAGGCCGAGCUGGAGGAUGUUGAUAAUCUGCUACCCUUGCUCUCCAUAAUCUUACAGUAUAUUGAAGGUUCUAUUGAGCAUGGUGAGAUUGAUAUUGGCCUGAAGAUUCAAUCCGAGUUCAAAUCGCUGACAUACAAUGACCUCCGUCAAAUCCAACUGGAUAAUUUUAAGGAGCAUAUCGAUGAAUCAACCAGUGAUGAAAUGGUCUCUUUCGACUUAAUCUUGAAAGAGCAGGUGUUUGAUUUCGUUAAGCAUCAAAGAUUCUUACAACUGUCUAAGGGUUCGUGGGUGUACGCAGAGGCUCCUUCGUUCAAGAACUCUUCGCAGACAUCUUCGAGCUAUUACUUUAUCAUCUUGUCACCAAACUUCACCCAGCUGCUGUUCAAGCAAUUUGAUAAGAUCUUGCCUCGUCAUCCAAACAUCGACAAGUCUGGUCAUGCCAUCCCUGUGAGCUCCAUUGCUCACUUCAAAAUCGCAGAGAUUCCAUAUUCCGAUGGUGAUUCACGUCAAUAUGAGACUAACUCAAGGAUGGUUAACCUCGUUGAUAACACCGUUAUCCACCGAAUCACCCUGAUAAACAGGAAGAACAAGCCGUUGUUCACGUUCUUCGCUAAGAAGACGGACUCUCUAGCCUGGGUGGAUGGCUUGAACCUGCUGUUGGGGAACUACACGAAGCUUUCAAAGGAUCUGAAUCAGCAGAUCAAUAGGCUUUUCGAAGUUCGAAAGACUGUCCAACUUCUGAAUUUUGAUGGUGACGAAUCACCGUCUUCAGAGGAUGCCGUUAACAUCGAUGGUGAUGAGGCCUCGCUGGAGUUCUUGGAGAGUCUGUCGUCAAACUUCUACUACACUUGAUAGUAAAUACAGGGUGAUUCGUC